CGAAUCGCGCGUUGAAAUAUUUGCUCCCGUGUGCUCGUUCAGGUUGUCAGAGCAGAGAGCAGUCAGCGACUCUUCAGCUCCAGCUAUAGCAGGACUACCUCUUCACAGUGUGUCUCUUCACAACGCUAUAGAUAAAUAUGUCAAAGUUGGAGCAGAUCCUUGUUCUAGAUCCCCCUUGUGACCUCAGAUUUAAAGGUCCCUUCACUGAUGUUGUCACCAUCAACCUGAAGCUGAAGAACCCGUCUGAUAGAAGAGUAUGUUUCAAAGUGAAGACCACAGCUCCCAAGAGAUACUGCGUACGGCCCAACAGCGGCAUCAUCGAUGUAGCUGCUACCGUCACCAUCUCUGUUUGUUUUGAAUCUAUUCCAGUAAUGCUCCAGCCCUUUGACUACGACCCCAAUGAGAAAAGUAAACACAAAUUCAUGGUCCAGAGUAUCUUUGCUCCUCCUAAUGUGGCUGAGAUGGAUGCAAUGUGGAAAGAUGUCAAACCUCAUGAUCUCAUGGAUUCCAAGCUGAGAUGUGUAUUCGACCUGCCUUCUGAAAACGAUGAAGUGAAUGAAGUGGAUUUGAGCAGCAAAACAACGGCUCCCGUGCAGAACUCGUCCAAGGCGGCGGACGGUCCCGUGCUAACAGCGGCGAAGACCGCCAGCGUCUCGAUGAACGACUCUGAGAUGAAGAAACUAACGGAGGCGUGUAAGAGACUGCAGGCUGAGAUGGACAAGCUGGCCGGCGAAAACCGACAACUCAAGGACGACGGUGUUAGAAUGAGAAGGGCUGCCCAGCGUUCUGACCACGUGACAUCAAACCAGACAGGCUCCUCCUCCUCCUCCAUGAUGCAACAGACGACCGCCACCUCCCUCCCAUCUCUCCUCGUUGUCAUAGCAGCCGUCUUCAUCGGAUUCUUCAUCGGGAAGUUCAUCUUGUAAACCGGAACUGGCUCUGAAAUGGCACCCUAUUCCCUAUUUCGCGCACUACUUUUGAGCAGAAACCGAUAGGGGAGUCCCAUAGGGCUUUGGUUCAAAGUAGGGCACUACAUAGGGAAUAGGGUGCCAUUUCGGACAGCGCGCCCUGGGAGACGCAAAGACGCCUGCCGUAUCCCACGACAACCCCCUCGGCUCCGGAAUGAAAAGGCCUGGAUGGAACUGACUAACCAAGAAGAAAAGUCUUUCUGUUGACUUUGCCAUAUCAGAAGUAGUGCUCUGUCUGCAGUGGUCAUGUUGUCUAUCUGUACAGUACGAGGGCCCCACUGCCUUUUUACAAGCGUUUACACAUGGUUAGUGUACACACAGAGGAGAAAGGAAAGGAAGGAUGAGAGCUAAAAAGAUGUCUCCAUUUUUUUUUUCAGAAUUUUUUUUUUUUAUUUUUUAUUUUUUAUUUUUUUUAUGGAUGGACAGACAGCCUAAGUGCAGGUAUGAGAUGUACGUACAAAAUUUCACCUUAUUCCCUGUAUAGUACACUACUUCUAAUAGUCCUGGUCAACAGUAGUGCACUAUACAAGGAAUAGGAUGCCUUUUGGGAUGCACAGGAAGUGGUACACUAUCAAUCAACAUGGAGGACAGUUGUUAGAAUUCUUUAACGCACCGUUCCUACCUUUAUUUGAGGUAAGCAUAGCUCUACAAGUGGUUAGAUCAGUGAAAAGCAAGCUUACCCCCCCCCCAUUACUUUACCCAAUUCAGAUCUGUGAUUGCUUCAAGGAAGAUGGGUAGGAAGGAACUAUGAAUGAUGGGUAGGAAGGAACUAUGCAUUUCUUAAGUAUUGGAACACAGUCCUAGUCACCAUGGGGCAUGAAGCAGUUGAAUAAACCAAUCGUCUUCUCUCGUUCUCUCACUCUGUUUUUUUUUUAUUUUUAAUAGGAGUUGAAUACAAUGUUAAGUGUAAAUGUUAUUUUAAUCCUUUUUUUUAAGCUAAAAAAGGAGAGAACUACUUCUUCUGUUGUCCAACACCGACCACCUCGCUACUUAAUGCAGGAUCGCCUCUGAUUUAGUCUGUACAAAAUGGUGCUCCUAUUCCCUGUAUAAUGUCCUACUGUUGACCAGGGCCCGUAGGGUGAUCUGUUGUAAAGUAGUACACUAUAUGGCUGGAUGGAUAUAUGGACGGACGGACGGAUAGAUGGGGUGCCAUUUGGGACGGAGACAUCGACUACUUGAUUUGUUCAGUUUUUAGUAAUUUCUCUACUUUUUCUCUGGGAAAUGUUUCUAGUCCAUCUGGGACAUAGGUCCUUCCCUACUUCCUGUCCGAUGCUACUUCCUGUCCAAUCCUAUCCCUGAAGAUACGAAUGCAGACAUUGUUUUUCUCUCAAAUCAUAUUAUACCCCUCCUUACCUUCUGAGGCAAAUGUUCUUAACCCCGUCCCUCCCAUGGUAUUAAACAUUGAAGAAAUAAAACUGAAAACAA